UGUCAGUGUCGAUAUUUUCCGUCCCAUUUCAGAUCGCUGGCAACGCUCAAACCGGGAAGGUUCAACUUUACUGAGUGAGUGAGGUUCCUCCAGCCGAACUGCAUCAAUGUCCGACACCGAGGAAGAUUCCGUCAGUUCCGACUGCCUGAUGCCCAUCAGCGAGGACUGGCUGGCGGAUGUGCUCAAGAAGCACCACGAAGUGCGGUCCGGGAUUAAAAUUACAGACUUCAAAGUGCGGCACGGUUGCCACGAUGGGGUCAACAAUCUGAGUGACAUCCUGUCGGUUUCGGUCGUGUACGAGCUGGAACAGGGAGGCAACGGCGCCGAAACCGGAAGCCAGAGCAAGUGUUUGGAUAUUGUGAUUAAGCUGUUACCGCAGGAUCCGUUCAGUCGGUUUUUCGUGACCGAGGCGCAGUUCGAUCUGCGGGAAAUCAAAUUCUACACAAGUAUUCUUCCGGAUCUGCUAGCCUUCCAGGACGCAACAUUUGCUCACUCCCGAGAGGAUGGCCUUGCCCUACUGGUAUCGGUUCCGACGUGCUUCUACACCCAGUAUGCUCCGGCUACCAGCCCGUCCCAGGGAAGUCCGGACCUGCCGGAAAGCAUUCUCGUCUUGGAGGACAUGCGACCACUAGGCUACAAGGGUGCCAAUUUCACCGCCGGAUUGACCAUUGGCCAAACGGAAGCGGCCAUCCGGGCCAUCGUCGCCAUUCACGCCCUCUCCUUAGGGCUUAAGAUCAAAAAGAAGGUGGACAUCAACGAGAAGUAUCCGUUUCUGUUCCAAACAACUCGCGCCACCGAGAGCUACCAGCAACUAGUCGAGCAGGGAAUGCCACAGCUGGCCAAAUUUUUGGAAGGCCAAGCCGGUUACGCAAACGAGCUGAAGGCACUGAACGCGAUCCGGCAGAAAACGAAGGAGCUCAUCGAGACCCUGCUGCAGCCGAUCGAACCGAUGGGACUGAUUACGCACACCGAUUUUUGGUGUAACAAUUUGCUGUUCCGGGCCGAGGACAACGGAGAAGACAGCUGCAUCAUCCUCGAUUGGCAAAUGGUAACCUACAGCAGACCGACCAACGAUUUGGCUCUGCUGAUCAUUUCCUCGAUUCCGUCCGACAUCCGGCGCCAGCAUGGACCCCGGCUACUCGAUUUGUACUACAAUUCUCUGAGAUCGUGCUGCCAGAAGAUGGACAUCGACAUCGAAGCCGAUUUAGGCUACAGUCGAAACAAAAUGGAACUGGAGUAUCGACAAUCGGAACUGCUGGCCUUGCUUUUGUGCAUCGGUUCGAUCGACAUUGCCAUCGGAAAUCCGGUCGCCGAACAGCGGCUGCUCGAUGUUCUAAGGGAUCUCAACGAGGACGGUGUCCUUGGUAUGGAACAAUGUUUCUAGAGAGUAAUUUAACUUUUGUCUGAAGUGUAGCAGAAUGAGCUACCCACCCGUUGAUAAAGGGUGAUAGAAUCCAAAAAAAAAACUUUUAACAACCAAAACGCAAAUCAAACUCCCCUCCUGCUUCCUGCCCUGCCGUUUACCCCACGUUUCGACCUCGAUGGUGUAAUAGUAAAUGGUGUCAAAGUAAUUGCCUUUUAAAUGUGAAAUGAGAAGAUAGAAAUCAAAACAACAUUCUGAUAACAGUGUUAAUUAAUAAAGUCCAUUAUGCGUAUGCAUCCGAUUAAAGAAUGAGUAACAAUUAUUGAAAAUAAAUUAAAUAAACCAAACUUUUAAAUGGGAUUACUAAACAAAUGUUGACUAAAACAAACCGAUCGUGAUGAUCGGAGAGUAGAACAUAAGUAAGGUGUAAACGAUUCAAUUGUCUAACGAUUUCCACCACUCUAGCAGUUGUUAGGUUUUGAAAUUUGGAAAUAAAAGCACAACCUGGUGAUUUAAAUUUA